CCACACAGUCAACACAACAUAUUCUCGCAGCCUACAGAGCUAACCAGGAUUAUUCAUUCAUCAUGACGAGUAUCUGCAGCAGCUAUCAGCAUUUUCAGCUGACCAACGGCAACAUUAUGUUGCUGCAUCAGCAGCAACAACAACUGCAGCAACAGCUACUACUCCAGCAACAGCAGCAACAUCAGCUGAUUGCGCCCAAACAGCCGCUGGGCAAUAGCCAAUUGCAGAAUAUGCAACAGACGACAAAUGCCACAACGAGAUCUGCAUCGGGAUCAGGAGUGGGACCCAUGCUGGCCAAAAAGAAAUACAACAAUUAUUCGAAUAUGCCAUAUGGUGGCGCCGAGCAGAUGCCAUCGGUGGCACGUCGCAACGCACGGGAGCGCAAUCGUGUCAAGCAAGUAAACAAUGGAUUUGUGAAUCUGCGCCAGCAUUUACCCCAGACGGUCAUCAACUCACUGUCGAAUGGCGGCCGAGGAGCCAGCAAGAAACUUUCCAAGGUGGACACGCUGCGCAUCGCAGUUGAAUAUAUCCGUGGACUGCAGGACAUGCUCGGCGAUGAUGGCCAGCCGAGGGCACAGCUGCUCUUCAGCAGCAGCUCGACAACGGAUGAGUGCAGCAACGAUAGCUACAACGAUGACUACAACGACAGUCUGGACAGUCCUCCAACUGCUUCGGCUGGUGCUCCAUAUCAUCAUCAUCAUUCGUAUCACUCUGCGUCGCCAACACCCUCGUAUAGCGAUGCCUCCGAUCUGUCUGCCAGCUAUGUGAAGCAGGAGCUGCCCGAUCAGGAGCAACAGCAGCAGCAGCAACAACAGGAGCAGCAACAGUUCAAAUUUGAGUCCUUUGACAGCUUCAGCGAUGAACAGCCCGACGAUGAGGAGCUGCUCGAUUACAUCUCCUCGUGGCAGGAACAGUGAGUGAGAAAGAGCUUCAUCAUCACAGGUCCUAGUGAUCCUACUCCAGCCAAACCAAACACACAAAUCCUGUACAAAUUGUA